AUUCAGGUUUUUGUGCCGGCAUCCCAAACAACCACUGAGACAGAUUUUGAACCAACCCCUAUGCUACAGAUUGAAGGGACUACAGAAACCACUCCUGAAACCCCCAAACAACUUCAAGAGACCACACCCACGCUUCCCCCAGCUCCAACUAAAAUUCAUCCAGACGCAGAAGACGCUGCUACCCUGUUGAUGAUGGCACGGACAGCAUCCUAUGUUCCUAAAAUAGAUCCAGGGGUGCCAUCAUUCAGCCUUGGAUUGACUGAUUCAAGCCAGGAGGGGGCGUCAACGCAGGAGACAGAAAGGGCAAAAUCUCCAGAAUCUGCAAAUUUGAUAGAACAAUUGGAUGAUUUGGUCCAAAAAAUAGCAAGUAGUGCGGCGAAGGGAAAAAACAAAAGUCCACAAAUUCAGAGGGAGACUGGGGGAGAAAGUUCUGCAAAGUUUCAAACUCCUGGGGGAUUAUAUCAGAUUACGGAUGAUAUGAAACAAAAGUGCUACAUCUGGGAGACGAGACUGAAGGAAGAUGCAGAUGGCAAUACUAACGAGUAUGAGGAAAUGUGCACUCUGAUUGGCCAAGGAGAAUACAUUUUGAUGAGAAUGCACCUUGUAUCCCUCCAGGCAAAAAGUGAUAUAGAAUCUCAGAUUGUAUCUGCCAUCUGCCUCAUCCUCAACCAGAAAAAUGAAAAGAGGUUUCAUCUGUGUUCUUUACUUUAA